AUGAAGCGCAAGAACGUCAAAGGUCUUGCCUUGGCUCCCGCCGCCCCCAAACCCCCUCCAACUGCCGAGACCUUUUAUAAGGAUAAAGACGACGACAACAAUGCCCAGCUAGAGAUUGGCAUCGAGUUCAACCUGGAUCUCAGGCCUGAGGAUCUGGAGCUGAUCAAGGAGUUGGGAGCUGGAAAUGGAGGCACCGUCAGCAAAGUCAGGCAUAUCCCGACAAAUACAGUUAUGGCUCGCAAGGUCAUCCAUGUUGAGGCCAAGAAGGAGAUGCGCAAGCGCAUCGUCCGCGAGCUUCAGAUCAUGCACGGCUGCCAUUCCGAGUAUAUUGUCACCUUCUAUGGCGCCUUCCUCAACGAGCAUAACGAUGUGAUUAUGUGCAUGGAGUACAUGGAUGUUGGUUCGCUCGACCGCAUCUCCCGUGUUUUCGGUCCCGUUCGUGUCGACGUUCUCGGAAAGAUCGCCGAAGCUACACUCGGUGGCCUCACGUAUCUUUACUCCAAGCACCACAUCAUGCACAGAGACAUCAAGCCCUCCAACAUCCUCGUCAACUCGAAGGGCCACAUCAAGCUUUGCGAUUUUGGUGUUUCCGGAGAGCUGGUCAACUCUGUCGCCGACACCUUUGUGGGCACAUCCACCUACAUGGCUCCUGAAAGAAUUCAGGGUGACAAGUACACGGUCAAGUCCGAUGUAUGGAGUUUCGGUUUGUCGAUCAUGGAGUUGGCAAUUGGCAAGUUCCCGUUCGCUAGUGAUCAGCUUGGGGAUGAUGCUGAAAAUGCUCCCGCCGGUAUUCUCGACCUUCUCCAACAAAUUGUUCACGAGCCAGCACCGAAGCUACCCAAGAGCGACGCUUUCCCACAAAUUCUUGAGGACAUGAUCCAGAAGUGUCUUUACAAGGAACCUGAGAGGCGACCGACGCCCCAAGAGCUCUUUGAUCGCGAUCCCUUCGUACAAGCGGCAAAGAGAACCCCAGUCGACCUGAGAGAGUGGGCUUGCAGCCUGAUGGACCGGGAUAACCGCAAGUCUCAUCUCCAGCCCCAACUCUCUCCGACAACGCAAGAACUUUUAAGGUCCAGCGAUGAACCUACACCCACUUCAGGUGAGAUUCCCAUUCUGGGGACUAUGGUGUCACCUCGUGACCAACAUAGCAGCGUACCAAACCGACCCCCGCCACGCAGCCGAACAGACAGCGCUGGCCGCACAGGUGGACCGCCUAUACAUCCGGGACUGGGAGCGCGAGUAGCUACGACUGGCUCUCAGCCCAGGUACCCGCAGCAGGCGCCUACUCCUCCUCCGUCCGAAAAGCGACCAUCCAUGUCGACCGGCCAUUCGUAUACUAGUUCCUCGUCCUCGACCCGAUCGGGCUUCGCCCUACCCAUCCGACCGGGGCCUCCGGGCCAGCCGAUGCCGCCGCCGCCCCCGCGAAGACAGCUUACAGCGGAGGAACUGCAGAGGGAAAGUCGCCGGCAAGCCGCAAUGCAGCAGCCUCCAACCGGCCGAUUUUAA